UUGCGUGUCAUACUUUAUAUAGAAAUUGCUGCCAGCAAGACAUACUUCUGACUGCAGAUUUUUUUUCAGAUUUACAGACCCUGUCUGCAGAUAUUUGAAAUUUUUACCUGGCAUCUCUGCUGGUAGUCAAACGAUUGAUCCCAUUUGUACCUAAUCUAGAAAAGAAACACAUUUCUAAACCAAAAUGGCUGGUGGUGAUCACGUUGACGAUGCUCAUCUGAAGGGAUUGUCCAAAAUCUUCAACAGCGAGACCGCGAGGGGACGAGCUAACGUCGCCAAAGCUACCUACGCUGGAAUUGGUUUGCUGAUUCUGUACUUUACAUUAAAACCUUCUAAGAAGUGAAGUGCUAACAAAGCAUGUUAAAUUAAAAGUUUUUCAAAAUCUUGGUAGGAUUACGAUCAAAAAGUGAAAAAUAUAUUAUGCAACAGUGCUUCAAUUGAAA